AUGUCUUUCUGUGGUUGGUUCCGCCAUACAACUUUCUUAAAUCGCGUGCGAUGUGGUUCGGACGAGUUUCGCUGUCAGUCUGGACGUUGCUUGCCAAAGUCGUAUCUAUGCGACGGCACUGCUGACUGUGGUAUCAACGGUGUUGACGACAAUUCGGACGAGGACCCAUCGAUAUGGCAAGCUCCAAUAUGUUCUCAGCAGUGCCAGGACUUGGGUAAUGGCUUGUCCGAAUGUGAAUGUCAUGAGGAUUUUCGACCUAACGGAAGUUACUGUGACCCACGUAAGCUAUCAAAUUAUUGA